GAUUGGUGUGGAGCGGAGCUCAAAAGUCCCUGGCUUGCUCUAAGACGGAGCCUGAGGAAUCCGAAAGUCUCGCUUGCUUCGGCUGUGCGUGCUGCUGUGGCAGGCUUGAGGGGGAACUACUCGGAGACUCUCGUCUGUAGCCUAACCGAUCUCUCACUCACGCCCCCCUGUUUGAAUGCUACAAGCUGAGGAUUCCUCGUUUCGUCCUUCUGACCUGGCGCCUACCGCGCCACCCAAAUCGCGGGGGCUGGUUCUCUUGUGCGCAGUCGAGACCAGACGCGGGAACUUCCUUUGAGGAGCCGGCGUGCGGAGGGUUGCACUUCCUUCACUCGAGAAUGGCUGGAUCCCCCUGGAAGGGCAGGCGGGGUGGCUUUAAAGUGCUCGUCGCGACGCUUUCCGUGGCUUUGGUUUACUCCUACAACAUCGAUCUGGAGCACCCUGUGAUUUAUCAAGGGCCCAAUAACUCUUUCUUCGGGUACUCUGUGCUGGAGCAUUACUAUGACAAUACGCGAUGGGUCUUGGUCGGUGCCCCAAAGGCGGAUUCUAAAUACAGUGCAUCUCUUGAUUCCCCAGGAGCUGUGUUUAAAUGUCGUGUUCACACUAACCCUGAUAGGAGAUGCACAGAACUGGAUAUGGGUCGAGCAAAUGUUCAAGGACUGGCCUGCGGGAAGACAUGUAAGGAGGAUAGAGAUGAUGAAUGGAUGGGUGUAAGUCUGGCAAGGCAGCCCACAGCUGGAGGAAGUAUACUGGCCUGUGCACACCGUUGGAAAAAUGUCUACUAUGAGACGGAAUACAUCCUCCCUCAUGGUUUCUGCAACAUCAUCCCACCCAAUCUAGGCUCCAAUGGUAAAAAGUUGAUGCCUUGCUAUGAAGAGUAUAAGAAGAAAUAUGGUGAAGAGCAUGGCUCAUGUCAAGCUGGAAUUGCAGGCUUCUUCACAGAGGAACUCGUUAUCAUGGGAGCUCCUGGGUCUUAUUACUGGACUGGGACCAUCAAAGUACUGAAUCUUACUGACAAUAUAUAUUUCAAACUGAAUGAUGAAUCUGUGAUAGCCAAGCGGUAUACAUACCUAGGAUAUGCAGUGACAGCAGGUCACUUCUCUCAGCUGACAACAACAGACGUUGUAGGAGGAGCUCCCCAGGAUGGAGGCGUCGGAAAGGUAUACAUUUUUCGCACUGAUAGGAGAUCUGGUUCUUUAAUAAAGAUAUUUCAGGCUUCGGGUAAAAAGAUGGGCUCUUACUUUGGCUCCUCCUUAUGUGCAGUUGAUCUGAAUUCUGAUGGCCUUUCAGACCUCCUGGUGGGAGCGCCCAUGUUUUCUGAGAUCCGGGAUGAAGGUCAAGUCACCGUCUACCUCAGUAGAGGAAAUGGAGUCCUGGAAGAGCAGCUAGUUCUGAACGGUGACAAUGCCUACAAUGCACACUUUGGGGAAAGUAUGGCUAACCUGGGGGAUAUGGAUGAUGAUGGAUUCCCAGAUGUUGCCAUUGGUGCUCCUAAAGAGGAUGACUACAUAGGAGCUGUCUACAUCUACCAUGGAUACACUGGUGGUAUCAUAUCUCAAUAUUCUAUGAGGAUACCUGGAAAAUGGAUAAGCCCAAGAUUACAGAUGUUUGGCCAGUCCAUUUCUGGAGGAGUUGAUAUGGAUGGAAAUGGCUAUUCAGAUGUGACAGUUGGAGCCUUUAUGUCAAACAAUGUGAUUCUUCUAAGGUCCAGGCCUGUCAUUACUAUGGACAUCUCCAUUUUCCUGCCAGCAUCCAUUGACAUCACAGUUCCUCAGUGCCAUGAUGGCUUGCAGCAGGUGAACUGUCUAAAUGUCACAGCCUGCUUUAGUUUCAAAGGCAAACAAGUUCCAGGAACAAUAGGAUUGAACUAUAACUUGACAGCAGAUGUGGCAAAGAAAGAAAAGGGUCAUCCCAUCAGGGUUUACUUUGUCUCUUCAGGAGAAGCGAUGGGCCAGAUCACAGAGCAGUUGCAGCUGUCUUAUAUGCAGGAGAAAUGCAAACAUUACCUAGCCUAUGUGAAGAGAAGAGUCAAAGAUGUGAUAUCACCAAUUAUAUUUGAAGCUGCAUAUAAUCUUGGGGACCACAUCACUACAAAGGAGGAAAAAGAAUGGCCUUCACUCAAGCCUGUGCUUAGAUGGAAAAGGGGGCAGAAGAUGGCUCAGAGAAACCAGACUAUUUUUGAGAGGAAUUGUCAAUCAGAUGACUGUGCUGCUGAUCUGAAACUUCAGGGGAAACUGUUCCUAUCUGGUGCUGAUGAUAGGGCUCCCUAUCUGGCUUUGGGAGCCGUGAAGAAUGUUUCGCUGAACAUCACCAUCUCCAACAUUGGGGACGAUGCGUAUGACACAAACGUAGCCUUCAACUUCUCCAGGGAGCUCUUCUUCAUCAAAAUGUGGCAAAAAGAAGAGAUGGGCAUUGCGUGCGAGUUGCUGGAACCAGACUCUGACUUCCUGAAAUGCAGUGUGGGCUUUCCCUUCAUGAGAUCAAAGUCAAAGUAUGAAUUCAGUGUUAUCUUUGACACUACUCAUUUGUCUGGGGAAGAGGACAUCCUUUCAUUCCUUGUCACUGCUCACAGUGGAAACUUGGAACACAACCUCAGUGACAAUUCUCUCAUCCUGUCUGUUCCCUUGAUGCAUGAAGUGGACUCAUCCAUCACUGGAGUGGUCUCUCCCAGUUCCUUUGUUUAUGGCGAGUCAGUGGCAGCAUCUCAGUUUACUCUGCUGGAAGAUUUUGAGUGUCAUUUUCAGGACCUCAACUUCACUCUUCAGGUCUACAAUGCUGGCCCAAGCACACUCCCUGGAUCUUUUGUCGACAUUUCGUUUCCAAAUCGUCUCUCAGCUACUGGAGCUGAAAUGUUUCAUAUUCGGCAGAUGAUGGUUGCCCAGGACAAAGGAAACUGCUCUUUUCAAAAAAACCCAACCCCAUGUGUCAUUCCUCAAGAAAAAGAGAACAUUUUCCACACAAUAUUUGCCUUUUUUACCAAGUCUGGGAGGAAAGUAUUGGACUGCGAAAGACCAGGCAGGUCUUGCUUAAUUAUACGCUGUAACUUGAGCUCACUAGCUAAAGCAGAAUCCCGCAGCAUAGAUGUGCGUAUGCUGUUGAAUACUGAGAUAUUAAAAAAGGACAGUUCAUCAGUCAUUCAGUUUGUAACAAGGGCAAAGGUGAGGGUGGACACAACCAUCCGGGCAGUAGAAGUCCCCAAUGGGAAUUCAGAAGAUGCAACAGUGGUCUUUGAGGCCUUGCAUAAUCUGGAACCUCGUGGUUAUGUGGUUGGAUGGAUCAUUGCUAUCAGUUUGCUGGUGGGAAUUCUCAUCUUCCUGUUGUUGGCUGUGCUGCUAUGGAAGAUGGGCUUCUUUCGCAGAAAAUACAAAGAAAUCAUUGAGGCAGAGAAGAAUAGGCAAGAGAAUGAAGACAGCUGGGACUGGGUCCAGAAAAGUCAGUAAACUGCUGGAGGGGAACAUUGAAAGCCCAUUCAUGUGAUACACAAUUACUACCCUAUUGAUCCUGCUCUUGUAUCUUCCAUAUGUGGAAGAAGGAAUCUUCUCCAGAUUUUUCGGAGGCCCCGUUGACGCUGUUGUUCUUCAUCAUCUUAAGCUAGGGAAUGUAUCCUGAGGCAACCACUGCAGACAUGUCAGGUGACAAUUUAUACUUCCUGAAAGAGAUGAACUUUGAUAACUGAGCUGCAUUGCAGAACAAUAUUUAUGAAUCCAACAUACAUGGUAUACCCUCAGGGGAAGACUGUUGCCUAAAAAAGUAUUUUUUAUAUAUAAAUACAAGCUUUUUAUACUGAUUAUGUCUUUUUAUAUAUUUGUAUCAAUGUUUUAUGUUUUCUAUUGAAUAGCUAUAAAUAUAUAUAUAUAUAUAUGUAGUUCACUAACAGUGCAAUCUUAUACACAUUUAUUCAGAAGUAAGUCCCAUUGGGUUCAAUAGGACUUACUCCCAGGUAAUUGAGUAUAGGACUGCAGCUUAAAGCACUGAUAUCCAACCGAAGUCUUGGACAUGCCUAUGUGUAUAUAUCAAUCAUACUGUAACUUUUGAACUGCAAUGCCGAAGAGACAAGCAGAUGAAAGUAGAUGAAACACCCCACGUAGGUGAUCCAUCAAUCUUGGUGAUGCUAUAUAUAAAGCCUCCAGUAGCACUUAGCCAAAGUCUGUUCAUUUAAGGAAAAGCAAAAUAUUUGAGUUGUGAGCUGAAGAACCAUAAAUGUUGCUCACACUGGAUUCUUUUUUUAAUGAUUCUGCUUUUCAGGGAUUUAUCUAUAAAGUUUGUCACAGUUUUGUUUCACUUUCAAAAGACACUGCCCUUUUUAAUCUGCCUUCUCUCUUUGUUACAAUUGGACAUUAGUUCAGCUACCUCCCUGAAAAUAUGCCACAAGUCCUUACUGAGGAGCAUACUUCUUUUUUUAAUAAGAAACAUUUUUACAAUUUCCAGACCGACCCUUCAGCAGUGUUUCAGUGUUUGCUUUGAGUGAUUUCAUUUGUUUACACUUAAAACAAGACCUGAACAGUGGGUGAUGCACCAAACCAAAUGCAGCCUAUCAGCCGUGCACUGGGUGGCUGCCAGGUGCUUCGCAGCCCCUUCUAGUUUUGCAGUCUCAGGUAAGCAGCACAAACAGGAGGUACAUUGAAGCUUUAUUGGGUGACUCUUCAUGGUUUCUGAGCUGCACUUAGUACAAUUGGUUGCGCAUAGGGCAGUCCUAAUGUAUAAGGGAUGGCUUCUUGUUGAUAAACAGAAAAAUAACUUUUUUUUACAGUUCCCAAAACUACCCUCAAUAAGUGGCCUUUUAAAAAUUGUGCUAUUUCUAGAACAAAGGUGAAGUGAAAUGGGAGGCCAUGAGAAAAGAAGGCAAGGGUCAAUGGCACAGUAUGAGGGACAGCUGUAGCCCAGUGGUAGAGCAUCUGCCUUGCAUACAGGAAGUCCUAGGUUCAAUCCCCAGCAUCUCUAGGUGAGACUGGGAAUGCCCCUGUCUGAAACCCUGGAGAGCUGCUGCUAAUCAGUGAAGAUGGUACUGAGCUAGAUGGGCCAAUGGUCUGAUUGAGUAUAAAGCAGAUGCCUAGCUUUCUCAUAUGGAUGCACUCUUAUACAUUUCUACUCCGUGCAGUCCUAUACAUGUCUACUGAGAAGUAAGCCCCAUUGAAUUCAGGUAUAUGGUUACAGGACUGCAGCCCAAAUGAUUGUGCUGCCUUGCUCCCUCCCCAUCCCUUUUAAUAUGUGACAUUCUUUAUAGGUGACAAACAAUUCCUUGCAACCCAACGGCAAGAACUGUUACUCAUUUUGGCUUUUAUGUACCCCUGUUCAUAGGGCAUAUUGCACUGAAGAAUGCAGCAAUGAAUGUCUUCCUUUGGCCAACCCUGACUUCACUGAUAUGUAGUCCUUUGGCAGUGGGAAGGAACUGGGGAGUAAGGAUCUUAUAAAUAUAAACAAAAAAAAACUCCCAUUAUCUAAUGCCUGAUUAUUUUGUGAUUAUUUAUCUGUCACUUUCCCUGUUAUAAUCUUAGUCUUGGUUUGUUCUUGCAACUGCUGUCUGUGGUAGAUCCCUAUCAUUCCACUUUUGGAGAUAGAAAACCUAUGCUUAGAUUGCAUGAUAUUCCCAUGGUUCAGCUGAGAUUUAUAUCAAAGUCCAGCAGUUUACACAUUGGACCUCACUGGUUAUCAGCAAGGUUUUGUUUACAGAAUUUGCUGCAUGUCCCACAGUGUAUAUUAUAGUUGGGCAUACACUGGCUACCAAAAAUUACAUUGGGUUUCUUCACAAAUUGUUCAAUAAUAUGUAUCAGUAUUCAGCGCAAGAAAACAUUCUGAACAUGGUAGAGCUCAGGUGUUAUGGGUCUAGUUAUGAAUUCCUCUCUCUUCAUGACAUUUGAAACCAUCACAGGUUAUGUUAAGAUGGGAAAUGCAGUAACUUCAGGUGUCUGUCUUAGUAAAAGAAACAUUUUCUUGCAGCUCUAUCAUAAUGGAUUAUAGCAAUGCUUCCCAAACAUGUAUUCUCCAUGGACCACUUGAAAAUUGCUGAGGGUCUUGGCAGACCGCUUAAUGGUUUUUAUAAUUGUUGUAGUAAUUGUAAUGCGGUGUAGAUGUGGUGCAAUUUUUAAUUCUAUUUUUGUUGCUUCUUAUAUUUCUUAUAUAUUGUAUUUUAUUGUAUUCGAUAGAAUUCAAAUUGUAAUACUAUAAAAUGAAGUAUGAGAAAUGAAAGAAUCAAUAUGAAUAUUUGAUGUGAUGGUUGUGCCAUCUCCCAUCUUCCACCACAAAUCAACACACACAACCAUGGACCACCUGAAUGUAGUUCGUAGACCGUUGGUGGUCUGCCGACCGCAGUUUAGGGACCCCUUGAUUAUAGCAUGAUGAAUUCUUAAGUGACUAUUCAGAGUGAAACAGUCCUCAGUUAGGGAUUGUACUAUCUUAGUUUCAUUUGGGAAUGAGAUUGUCUGAAACAAUACAUAUACAAUAAAAAUUUCACAAUUUUAUGGAACUACAUGAAAGAGUAGACCGGUUUUCAAGUAAAUUCCAUGAUGUUCUAAAUGCCUUGCCAUGCUUGGCUGACAUGGCACAGUUGAACAUACAAGGUGACCUUUUACUGAGUCUGACCUUGGUUCAUCUACUCCAGUAAGUGUCCUCUCUGACUAGGAGUGGCUCACCAACAAGGCAGGCAGAGAUCUUGCCAAACUCUGCUACCUGAGUUCCUUUUAGCUGGAGCUGACAGCCAGAAUCUUUUGAACCCAGGUUUCCCCCCCAUGCCAGAUACUGUAUAUGCAGUGCCUCUGAGCUAUGGUCUAUUCCAGUCCCAUUGACAGGUCUUUAUCAUUUCACAAAGGUACCUAUAAAUUAGCCAUUCAAUUGAGACUUAUAUCAGGCUUUACAAAGCCAACUAUGUGCUUUCAGUUGGUUAGUGACUGAAGGGAAGUGCAGGAUUCACACAUGUGAAGAAUUGCAGAACGUGUGCCUGUUGCACAUGUAUAUACAUCAACAGCUUGCCUAUGUCUUGGUGACUACUUUGGAUGUUACAAAGAAUGUGCAAGUGGCUGUGAGUUCAACUGUACUGCUUUUUCAUAACUUCUUUUCAGAAUUACUGGGAGUUCUAAGAACCUUUCACACUUCAUUAGUGAGCCUAUGAGUGACAAAUUUGCCACUUGGUGCUAGCCCAUCUAUUCCGGGCAACUAACACGUAAUCUGUAGCUAUUCAAGCAUGAAAAGCUGUGCCACAAGGUGGCAUCCUGGCCUUAUUACUCAGGAGCAAAAUAGUUAUGAAUGAGUUGUUUGCAUAUCAGUAGACGUCAUGCCUGUCAUUCCAUUUGUAGGAAACAUGUGGAACCUUAUCUCACUGAGACAAUCCUUUGUAUUGUUUCUGAUUCCCAUCAGCCCCGUCUUUCAAUGUAUGGCUUGACCUGAGCCUUCACUUUAUAUUAUUGAUAAUGCAGAUUAUCUUGUGAAAGAGCAGAGAAUCAAUCCCUGCGUAAUAAUAAAUUUAAGAAGAUAAAGAGCACCAGCAGUGUCCAAUUGCAUGAAGUUUCUCUGAUUGACAACCUGCAUAUACUAACGAACCAUAGACAUGAACAGGAAAUUAGAACCAUGAUAGUUCCCAAAUAAAACAAUAAUAUCUACAGAUGUGAACACACAAAUAUUUAUUUGCUACUGCAAUAAUCCCUAUUUUUUGGGGGGAGGGGGUACAGUUUGGGGCGGUAUACAAAUGCAAUAAAUAAAUAAAUAAAUAAACAAUUGUAACCUGAAUUUUUGAGCAGAUAACCAAUAUAAUUUUUAAUACUGAAUAAACAAUGGAUUCAAAUCUGCCUGCUCUGGAAGGCAUGCAAACUGUCCUUUCGCUAAGUAAUCCAUAAAGUAAAAGAAGACUGUUUCAAUAUUACAAAGUCAGCACAUUUUUUUUAAAAAAAAAAGUACUGUGCAUUAACACGGACUGUCCGUUGUAAACAGCACUGGUCUUCUUAAUACACAAACAUUAAUAUUGACAAAGUUAAUUGAUAAAUUAAAUAAUAGUCUUCAGUUGCACUGUUGUAUGUAAGAAUUGGGUCAAAUUUUAUGCUGGUGGAAUCCUACUGAUUUGAUUAUGAAUAAGGAUGGAAAUUAGUGCAUUCUGUUAUUUGCGCUCUCUCUGCAAGAAUUGUACCCAAAGGCACAAAAUGGUUUUUUGUCUGCUGAAGCGCAGGUUCUCCUCCCUUAACUGGAAGCUAAAUCCUUUUUAAGCCUGUUGCACCAUCUGUAUUCUAAAUCCACCUCCUUGUAUGGGAGGUAGCAGCCAUAACAGCAACUUGGGUUUGGAAAGUUGGGCAAGAGUGUUCCUCUCCCUGAAGUAGUAAUUUGUCCUUCCAUUACAAUGCUGUGGCCUAGGUCUAGCAUUUUGAAGUUUAGUUGCAAUGAAGAUUGGCCCAAGACAUUUUUCUACCUGAGGCAGAGCAGUCAAUGCCCACCCACCCCCACAAGUCAAGGACAGGGUGUGCAGUACUCGAACGUAGAGUCAUAGAAUAGUAGAGUUGGAAGGGGCCUAUAAGGCCAUCAAGUCCAACCCCCUGCUCAAUGCAGGAAUCCAAAUCAAAGCAUUCCCGACAGAUGGCUGUCUAGCUGCCUCUUGAAUGCCUCCAGUGUCGGAGAGCCCACUACCUCUCUAGGUAAUUGGUUCCACUGUUGUAUGUCUCUAACAGUUAGGAAUUUUCCCCUGAGGUUCAGUCGAAAUCUGGCUUCUUACAACUUGAGCCCACUGGGUCAAGUCAUUUUAGCACUUGAGGCAGAGAAUCCCACAAGUGCCUCUUCCUUCUUCCUGGUAGUAAAAAAUGCAACAUAAUUUAAAACUAAUCAAUUUCUGCCCUUUUAUGACACCCAAAAUCAGCCGCUGGAGGCGGUCGUGUCCCAUUGCCUUACAGUAAAGCCGACCAUAUUGCAUUAAGUGAGUCUGUUCUAGCAACCUUUAUAAUUAAAGCAAAACUAAGAAAAGGGGUUUGCUUGGUGACACUCACCCUUGUCCUAUGCACAUUGGCCCACAGAGGCUUUACCGUCUCUAGGAUACUAACUCCAGAGGAAAGAAGAUUGCCAUCUUUGUCACUUGCAUGGCUCUUGUCCAUUUAAAGCAAUCCAUCAGAAUGACAUUAAGCCAGUAAAGCUUUUCCCGUUACUUUGUCUGCAUACCUGGAAAAGAAUCACCCACUCAAGUUCUUCUUAUGAGAUUCUUGUUAAAAGAAACAGAGGGAGAGCCAGUAAAAAAAAUCCAAAAGGUAAAAGAUGGCAAACGGCAGAGUGUAGAGAUCUAGCUCUGUCACACUGAUUGUAGGGAUUUGGCUAGGGAUUUGCGCAAGUAGAGGCUAGAAGAAGACCUGGUAGUCUUUAAAAUCUUGACUCCAAUUGUGAGAACCAUGGGCCUAGACUAUACUCUAGCACAACCUUUCCUAACCCUUGUGUCCAUCAGAUGAUUUGGACUCCCAGCUCCUAUCAGCUCCAGCUAGGAACUCAGCAGCCUUAUUCCGUCCUGUUUCAGUUUUGCUGGCCCUUAAUCAUAGGUCUGUUCUGUCCCACUUUUGUGUGGAUUUUUUUAAAAAGAAAGCACAAAAACUCCGUAUUUUAACGUGUACACAUUUUGUGUGCACAUUUAAUGUAAAAUAUGAACUUUUCAGUGCUUUUCAGUGCAUGUUUCUGUAAAAUAUGCAUUUUUUUAUAUAAAAUAGACAUUUUUGUGCAUGAAAACUGCAUUACAAAAUUUGAAUAAAUGCAUAAUCAGACCUGGGAGCUGUGUACCAAUCUGCAAGCAAGUUCAGGAGUUCUGGAUGUGGUUGGUCCACUGUGAACACAUUCCUUCUUCAUCCCUAGUCCCAGCGACCAUCAUUAAUGGCCAGGGAUGAUGGGAGCUAUAGUCCAAAACACUAGAUUAGGAAAGGUUUGCCUAGUAUAAUCCCUAUUUCAGUGACCCUUUCUCAAAAAAUAGAACUUGGUUGGAUUAAUGAUGAUACCUAAGGGCUAAAAUACACAUAAAUUUCAGCCAUGUAUAGUUUAUCCCUGAUUGGUUGCUUUUCAGUUUCCUUUUUCCAAAUAACUGCAAUCAAAUGCAAAAAAAGAUAUGAAAGUACCCACAUGUUUUACUUAGCAGGGCAAAAAGGUGUGUGUGUGUGGUGGGGGUACGCAUUACCAAAAAUGAGAAAGGAGGACACAGAUUUCCAUAUAAUCUGCAUGUGUAAUCUCUCUAUAUAGGGGAUAUCCAACUAGUGCACCCCAUCAACACAAGGAUUUCUGUUGCAUAACAGACCUUCCCUCCGUGUGCCCCACACCCUUCCAAAUCUGUCCCGCAGAGUUGGGGAAACCCCUAGAACAAAUGUAGGGAAUACACAGCGGAAAAAGAGGGGGAAGUCUCAUUGCACCAGCGAAAAUCCUUGCACUGAUGGGACACAUUCCUUAGCAUUACUUUAGAUAUAACCCAUAAUGCAAAUUUGGAUACAACCCAUAAUGCAAAUUUAGAAAUUAUUACCAUAAUUCAGAUAGAAAUACAUCUCACCAUAGCAGGGAAGACUGUGGCCAGGUGACCUGUGUGCCUGCUCAGCCUGCUGUCUAGAUGCUAACUGUUGAUGGGUAACUUCAAGGCCUCACCUGCCCUCCCUUCUUACAGUUCUUUAUCUUUAAACUGGACUUGGACUGGACAGUCUUUCAAACUGAGGACUUCCUCUGACAGCCCUUGAAAUAGAGAACAGUCCUCGGUAAAGUAGGACACAUAGCCACCCUAAAUUUGCAUAUAUUUAGUGGCUAGCAUGAAGGGAAGGCUUAGAAGCCCCUUGCCAGUUUUCUGCUAUAGAUUGCAGCAUUUGUGGCGGCAUUGUUUAUUAAAAAUACAAAAAGUCCUGCAGAAACUACAUGUGGCUGAGCAUCACAUGUAGUUUGGUCAUGAGAGAAAAGCAAGGGGGGAAAUUCGCAAGCACUGAGGUUUGUUAGAUAUUUUAUGGUUCAGAUGCCACAAACAGUUUAGGUUUUCUAUAUUACCUUUUGAUGACUCUCUUUUGGUUUCUUGCGAUUCUACUGUGAUUGCUUUUUAAUUCCUAUUACAAUGAUCAGAUUUGACAUUGGUCAAAAUAUAUAUUACCUGGAUAUAUUACCUGGAUAAUAUUACCUGGAUAUAUUAAAGAAUAAAUACAUUCAGAUUUCAUUAAACCUUUCACAGUUAUAUCAUAUUAUUAUCAAUAAUCAGUUGGUUUUAAUUAACACCACUAAUGUAAACAGACGCCAUGUGAUAGCAUAGUGUCUUUCAAGUAAGCACAAACAUGUGUGAACUGUGAAGUGUGUGUGUAAAGGGAGCUUCAUGAGGCCAUGUCUCAGUAUAAAUUUUGCAGGCAAGAAUCAAACCGUGUUGGUAGGAUUUUUAAGUCGAUAGAAGUGAAAUAAUGAUCUGUGGUUUGCUUCUUUGUGGCUCAUUCUGCAAUGUGUACAGUAUUAGGUGCCUCAGUAAAGAUUUCCUGCUGCCAAUCUGAGAACUAUUAAUGAGAUUUUGCACAUGCUUAUAUACUAUGGUGGUGCAUAACAAGCAUAUGCCAAGUGGUGUCUGAAUACUUAUGUAAUUCACGUUACAAAUCUGAGUGAAAAGGGAAUUUGACUCCACACUUCCAAAAUCUAAUAAGAAAACUCUAGCAAUUAUUGGGUGAUAUCCAGUGUUAGUCAUACUUAGGGCAGACUCAUUAAAAAUGGACCCGAGUAACUUAAUGCCAUUGAUUUCAAUUAGUCUGCUCUGUGUAGACUUAGCUGGCUAUAGCCCAUUGUCUCCAAAUGGGCUGUAGGAAAAAGAAAUCAGUGGACAUUGGGUUUUCCUAGAAUUUAUGCACUUCUUAAUCAGUACUUGAAGGAGCUCUCCAUUGUUUUAUUCAAUCUGUUUAUGCUGUGAUGCAGAUAAAAAUGUUGGUUAUGUAUGACAUCUGUAUAGCAUUUCCAUCCUUGUAGCACAAUUUCAGAAUACAGCAAAGAAGAUAAAUGAUGUGUUUAUUCUCAUAUUGAACUACUUGUCUACAAAGAUUUUUCAUAGAAGUGCUCUUUAAAAAAAAGAUCUCUGAAGAAUCAAUAGAAAAGCGGCUAGACUUACCAGUUGGGAGAAGUCUGCUUUUGCUGGUUCAAUCUAUAUAAUCUAAGAACUGGCGUGCCACCACUAUUCUAAUUCCAUUUUAAUACCUUGAAUGGUAUCUUUUUGUUAUAUUUUUCACUGAAUCACUCAAAGUGGCCUUAAUGAAAUUUGGAUUAGGUCUUUGUUUUCAAAGUGUGACUUGUAAAGCUAAUUCCAAUGUUCAGGAAAUAUAAAAUGGUAUUCCUGGAUUAUAUUACUUCAGUCUCUUGAGUGGGGACCAUAUGUUUGAAUUCUCCAUGUUCACAAACAGUUCCCUGCACAUGGGAAACUAGCAUGUCAGCAAGAACCAUGGGAGAUUUUUAUUGGAAUGAGCAUUCUAAACUGCAGUCCCUACAUGCAGUUUGAAUUGAAGAGCUACAUCCUGGGAAGAACUAUACCAUGUACUAUUUCUGAUAUUAAUUGUUUUUUUAUUAGUACCUUAGUUUUACUAAAUGGUAACUAUGAAUAUUCAGUACAACUUGGGAAGGUACUGAUAUUUAAGAAAUAAAACUCAUCACAGGGGAUGUUGGAUCCAGAAUGGCGAGGUAAGCAAUAAUUGUUGGAAGCCAUAAAAAUUGCUUUAUAAUGAACUGCAAAAAGGAUGUGAAGGAUUUACAGAUUGAUUUUGUACCUUCAUUUAUGGCCAGAAAUCAGUGGCACUGCACAUAACAGGGAGGACUCCAUAUGUAGGUUUCAUUGCUGGAUAUGACAUGAAAAGUGUCAAAGCCUUAGGGGCACAUGUUUGAAUAUUAAGCAAGCCAUCUGUACUGUUUUCACUCACUCGCUUAACAUUUCACUCCAGUUGUAAAAUUGUUAACUUUUGAUGAAUUUAUUUGGGCGGAAGGACACUUUGUCUUGUUAUUAUCAUUGUCACCUGUAUUUACUGACUGCGUGUUCACCUGUAUUCUAAUACACUUGCACUGUUUGGAAAUUUCAGGUUUUUAAAAAAAGAGAAACUUUUGAAUAAUAAUAAA